AUGGAAAUGGGAAGUACUUACGUCGAGAUCCUGACCUCUAGCUCCCUGUUUCCUCCUGGCCCAUUACUAUGUGCAUCACACAUAUGGCACAACGACCUACACGAUGAAAAUAUAUUCGUCGAUCCCGCAAUCCCCACUGAGAUUACUGGCAUCAUCCACUGGCAAUCAACUCUGGCAGCAUCGCUCUUUGAAAAUGCCAUUGAUCCCGGUAUCCUUGACUAUGACGGACCAGAUAUUGAAUCCUUGGAGCAGCCAAUACUUCCAGAAAAUUUCAACAAGCUAUCUGGAGCCGACAAGGCUGCUGAGCUUAGGCUCUACUAUAGCAAGGCUCUCCUCGUGGCUUAUCGCAGGCUGAUUCAGAAGAACACUCCAUUGCAGGCCAUGAUCAGCAGAUUAGAUAGAGCCCGAGUGGAGCGAUCUCAUUGCCGUGCAUCACGCUGAAGGACUCUGCUUCACUCAGCUUCUCCGAAUCCGAACAUCAGCAAAUCGAGAGUGACGCCGAACCUGCCGAUGCUGGGAUCCAAGAGAUGGACGAAAUCAGGAGACGACUAGGGGGACUUUUGGCCUGAAAAAGGCGUUGUACUGGCUCAACACUACGAUGAAACGAAGCGGUUGCUCAGAGAAGUGAAAGAAGAACUUUGGUUCGAGCUUGCGCUCGAUGAUGAAGAUGCAGAGGACUUUGACGAGUUCUGGCCAUUUUAUGAGUUC